GACUCUUCCGGAAGUGAGUCGUUGAUGGAGUCAACAUGGCGCCGAGUUGGAGCCAGUUAGCAGAAGAAACAGAUGUCGGUUAACGACACGAGCGGAACCGUUAAAGACCGACAGCACCGACACAGCAGCACCAAGGUCCACGGUGGUGAUGGCGGAGCGGCGGGCGGACUGUACGUGGAAGAGACACAUCUCCGAGCAGCUGAAGCUCAGAGACCGAGUUCAGAGACAAGCCUUCGAGGAGCUCGUCCACCAGUAUCAUCGUCUGUUGGAGAAGUCCGACCUGCAGGCCGUCCUCUCAGAGCGAUAUCAGACUGACAAGUAUGACGUCCAGAGAGGACAUGAGUCCAGUGCAUCCUCAGACUCGAGUCGAGGAGACGCUCUGCUGCAGGAAAUGUCUCAGAUGAGAAUCAAACACCAGGAGGAGCUGACGGAGCUGCACAAGAAGAGAGGAGAGCUAGCGCAGAGUGUGAUCGAACUGAACAACCAGAUUCAACAGAAAGACAAAGAGAUUCAGAGCAACGAGGCCAAGACGUUGGAGUUUCAGCAACAGAUCAUGAACCUGGAGGGCGACUGUCGGGAGCUGAGGAGCUUUCUGCAGGACCUGGAGCGGGCGAACCAGACGCUGAAGGACGAGUACGACGCUCUGCAGAUCACAUUCUCCGCUCUGGAGGAGAAACUUCGGAAAACCACAGAGGACAAUCAGGAGCUGGUGUCUCGCUGGAUGGCAGAGAAAGCUCAGGAGGCCAACAAGCUUAACGCCGAGAACGAGAAGGACAGCAGACGGCGACAGGCCAAACUGCAGAAGGAACUGGCCGAUGCCGCCAAAGAGCCGCUGCCCAUCGACCCAGACGACGACAUCGAGGUUCUGGCUGAGGACGGAGGGAAAGGAGGAGAGACGUCUCCCAGCAGAGCGCUGAGCAGAACGCCCAGUAAGAGACUGUCCCACCCUCCUCCCCCUGGUCUACUGGACUCCAUCUCCAACAUAUUUGGACGUCGAGCUGCCAACUCUUUCAGCUCUUCACCUGAAAACACAGAGGCUCCGUCAGGAGUGUGUGCAGACGUCCGAGUCCCGUCCACGGCGCUGCACGUGUUCGAAGCUCACGACGGCGAGGUGAACGCGGUGAGGUUCAGCCCCGGCUCUCGUAUGGUGGCGACAGGAGGGAUGGAUCGCAGGGUGAAGCUGUGGGAGGUCGUCGCAGGUCACUGUGAAGCUAAAGGAGCUCUGACUGGCAGUAAUGCAGGAAUCACCAGUAUCGACUUUGACAGCGCAGGUUCAUACCUGCUUGCUGCCUCCAACGACUUCGCCAGUCGCAUCUGGACUGUGGACGAUUUCAGACUGAGGCACACCUUGACGGGUCACAGUGGGAAGGUUCUGUCAGCUCGUUUCCUAUUGGACAACACUCGGAUCGUCUCUGGCAGCUAUGACCGGACGCUCAAACUGUGGGACCUCCGCAGCAAAGUCUGUAUGAAGACGGUGUUUGCUGGUUCCAGUUGUAACGACAUUGUGUGUACGGAGCAGUGCGUCAUGAGCGGACACUUCGACAAGAAGGUUCGAUUCUGGGACAUCAGAGCUGAGAGCAUCGUUCAGGAGCUGGAGUUGUUUGGCAGAGUCACGUCACUGGACCUGAACCACGAGCGAACAGAACUUCUCAGCUGCUCCAGAGACGACCUCAUCAAGAUUAUCGACCUUCGCACCAACUCUGUCCGACAGACGUUCAGUGCUCAGGGCUUCAAGUGCGGAGCCGACUGGACCAGGGUGACUUUCAGUCCGGACGGCAGCUACGUGGCCGGAGGUUCAGCUGAUGGAGCUCUUUACGUGUGGAACGUCCUGACGGGCAAAGUGGACCGAACUCUGGACCGACACCACAACUCUGCCAUCAAUUCGGUGUCCUGGUCUCCGUCCGGAGCCUUCGUGGUCAGCGUGGAGAAAGGCAGCAGAGCCGUCCUGUGGUCUGACGUGUGAUUGGUCGACGACACUUGUUGAACAUUGAGGAUGUGAUGAUGAAUCACAUGAUCCUAAUGGACGUUGUGCACACGCAUGGACACACUCUCUCUUCACUGUUUCCAUGUUCAUCAAAUAAAUGUGUAAUUAUGUGUAAUUAA